AUGGAUUUGUUCAACUCCAUUUGCUCUGAGGGCUCCCAUGCCAUCAAAACUAUCGAUAUGCACACCACUGGGGAGCCUACCAGAAUAGUGUACGCCGGGUUCCCAGACUUGCAGGGAACCUUGCUGGAGCAGAGAGAACAAGCGCACACGAGCUAUGAUCAUCUACGCAAACGGAUUAUGCUGGAGCCCAGGGGCCAUUUCGACAUGUAUGGGGCGAUCAUACGUAGGGACACGGAGCUCGUCGAGUCUGGAGACGCAGACAUUGGAGUGCUUUUCACCCAUAACGGUGGGUUUUCUACGAUGUGUGGCCACGCAACGAUAGCACUGGGCCGCUUUUUGGUCGACACGACAGACGAAUGUGUGUUCCCCGGGAGGCGCAAACUCACGUUCGAUGCUACGACGUGCACCGCGCAAGUACGACUCCAUGCACCUUGUGGAGUGGUGACCAUUACGGUUCCUACGACCUCGGACGGGCGAAAAUCCGAUCCGUCAAGACCUGUUUCGUUUUUGUCGACGCCUGCUUAUGCCGCGGCCACUGAUGUGCAGAUUGACAUCCCGGCACACAUUCGGUGGGAGGAACUCGGAACGAGGAAAAGUAUCAAAUUUGAUAUCAGCUAUGGCGGAGCGUUCUACGCCUUGGUGACAGCCCGUGAGCUUGGCUUUGCAAAUGGAUUACAGGCCGUUGACAUUGAUCAGAUAACUGCAUGCAUCCGGCGCCUGAAGCCCUUUUUGACGUCCCACCCGCGAGUCAAGAACGCACUUGACCAUCCCGAAGGAAGCAGCAUGUCCUUUCUGUACUCGGUUAUGGUUGUCGAUGAAAACAUAGGAUAUCGUCCGCAAGAAAUAGAGGGGGUGGAAACGGGUUUGUGUUAUUUCGCAGAUAACGAAAUCGAUCGUUCUCCGACCGGUUCGUGUGUGUCUGCUAGAAUGGCGUUGCGGUAUCAUAAGGGACUGAUCGCCCCAGGGGAAAAACGAGCCUACAAUUCGCUGAUCUCCAAUCAUUUCGCAGAAGGUGCUUUCAUAGCGAGGAUCGCGAGCGUUUGUCCUGAUACCAGUGUGAUUGUACAGGUGCAAGGGUUUGCUUAUUAUACCGGGACGUCUGCUUUCGUUUGGGAAGAAGGUGACAAGACUUCCCAGGAAGGGUUUGUUUUCGGAAAAUGCGUAUGA